CAGGUUUCUCUCUGCUAUAUGAUUCGUCUCGAAUGUGAAUGACGGGUUGCCGCUCUGCAGGCGCCGGCAAUCGUUUACCGGGUUGCGAGUAACAGGCGCUUCGGUGAAAGGAAUUUGUAAUGGCAUCUAUCAAAAUUCGUCGGAACUGUUUUCUAAGAACACACGACAUACGCACGCAGCCUGUUCUCCCAGUUUAGUGUUGAUUGGUUAUCCGCUCGUGAAAUGAGUACCCAUUCGUGUUACGCGUUGCUGUAUACGCUUCGGAGUAAUAGUUGAUUAAACAUUUGUACGUACACGGCGUUCGAUACGUCUGAAAAAGUUAACAGUAUGGUGAAUUUGGACGAGUACAGACAGCGUGUACGACAGAUCAGAAAAUACGCGAUCGAUCGUGAUGUCUCCGAGGCGCAAGCGUCAGAGAUAUUUCAAACUUGUUUUCGGCAAUUAGAGGCGAGGUACUCGAAAAAAUCGAAUAAGCUGUUGAGGAUUGUUCCGCCGAUCGUUUUGCUCGUCUUCGUCUCAACGGUAUUUCUACAACUGCACGAGCAAAAAUGGGUGAAGAGUGCAUUUAUCAGGAUCUCACAGAAUUCUAUUUAUCCUGCUUUGUACGUGUUGCGCAAAGUGGCGGUGCCCAUUAUCAGUUUAUAUCCCACGUUAUCCGAAUUGUACGAUGAGUGGUGUCUGAUAGAAAAUCCAUAUUUCUACGUCGAUGACAUGGAUUGCUGGCCCUGUACCGUGGUCCAUUCCGUACCAGAUUUGACUGGCCACAAUAUUAGUAGGUCAUUCAACCUUGGCAUACCAUACACUAGAGCUGAGAAUAAUACAAAAGUCAAAAUGAAGGAUCUAGUAGAAACGUAUCGGAGUAAUCAGGACAUCUUUGAUCAGGAUGCGAGAAGAAUUUUUUCUAGCAAUGAAACUUUUAAAAGCAUUCGCGACGUCAUGAACAAUCCAUUGGACACGCAUCCAACGGACUCGCGCAUGACACGUAUCAUCUGGAGGGUGAAUCGCAUGAAGCCCAGCAGGAUACUCCGUAAAUUAUUCCCGAGACCAGCCGAGACUCCGAAUUGGUGGAGUCAAGGCACGGAGAAGUACAUUUUUAUCGACGAGUCGGGAUCACUGCCUUAUUCACUGCCGAACUCCGAGUGCAGUAACAUCAUGAUGCGAUGCGCGGCUGGCGCGAGGUUAAUAAAAAUGGUACCGAGCUCGGAGUGCGUUCAACAUUGCAAGUCGUCCACGAUCUUACUGUCCGCUGGACAUGCACUAUGGUACAAUUGGUGGUAUUGGAGACCCGUGAGCUUGCCGGUGUACAACGCUACCGAACUCUUUAUCGGUUACUUAGCUUCCUUUUGUUAGUACAAAUUAGAAUAACGAGAGAUUAUGCUCGAUACACCAAAGCGAUUUAGCGAGUAGUAAACGAUAAAUAUUGUUUGAUACAAUUUACAUAAUGUUUUCCUGCAUGUUCGUUUUUAUUUCUUUCAUCUCGAACAUUGAUAUACACUCGCACUGUUAACACACACACACACACACACACACCGUGUCCCUUGUAUAUUCAAAUUUCCAAUGCAGUAUUAUUUUUCUGUUACAAAGAUGCAUGAAAUAAAAAGUUUACCUGAAUCUAUCAACGGAAUUAUCCGAGAUCAUUUUCGUUCCGGCGUAUGUAAUAUUGCCUAAAAUAUAAACACGUUUGUAACAGUCAUAAUAAAAGGAGUUGCAACGUU